AGCUGUGCAGCGUUGGUCUUUGCAGCACCUCAGAACAGCUUGAGUACAGUGUAGCAGCACUACCCCGAGAAUACAGCUGAGAGAGAGGAAAAGAUAGACUCUCCUUGACUUGAUUUCUUCGGACAAAUUUGGUGCAGCUGUGAGAGGGAAGGUCACACCACCUUGGCUGCACAGGGUUUUUCCAUUCCCACUAAACUGGGAGCUAGUCAUUGACUCACCUGUGUUCAAAUACAGGCUGCCUGAGGAACGGGCUGGCAGUGGGCAGCACAUCCCAGAGCUGCUUGGCUCUUUUUUUUGCUACGGAAGGCCACAUGAACACUGCUCUGCAGGCUGGAAGUGGGGGUGCUGCUGAAGCCAUGGAAGUUUUUGUUCUGGACUCAGGGCUGUGGGUCAGGCUUGCCCUGCCCCUGGCACAGCUGCUCUCGUUCAACAACUCUCUGAGUGCCCUCCUGGGUUGAGGGACAGCUGCUCAGCAUCAUACAAUCAUUUGGAGGCUUAAAAGCUACUUCAGGAAUAUUUAAAACUGAGUAAGAGGUUAGAGAACGGAGUGGAGGCUAGUUAAAUGCUGCAGUCUUCAGUGAAAGACCUGAAAAGGCAUGGCAUUAAGCUCUUAAGAGAAAUACAGUCUGAUGUGCUCAGAAGAUCACCUGGAGAAGCGGACCCACUCGGAGCAGCCGCCGCCGCGGGCACGCCGGGCCGAACAGGGAGGAUGGCCGCGCGGCGCCUCCCGGGGCUGCUCUUGCUCUUGCACUCCGUGGCUCGUCUGGCUGCCGAGCAAGAAGUUGAAAACCUCUCCGGGCUAUCCCCUAACCCCGAAAAGGAUAUCUUUGUGGUGCGGGAGAACAGGACGACGUGCCUCAUGGCGGAAUUCGCCGCCAAGUUCAUCGUCCCUUACGACGUGUGGGCAAGCAACUACGUGGAUCUGAUCACGGAGCAAGCCGACAUCCCGCUGUCGCGGGGCGCCGAGAUGAAGGGCAAGUGCGGCACCAACGAGUCGGAGCUGGAGAUCUCGUGGUUGGAGCGGGCGUACACCCUCAAACUCUUCUUCUUGAAGGAGGGGCACAACACGUCCCGCGGGCCGGAGGCUUUCUGGAGGCUCAGCCGGAUCCAGUUCGCCUAUGACACCUCGGAGCGCACCUACUUCAAGGAUGCCGUCAGCCCUGGGAAGCACACAGCCAGUUCCCAUCGGCUCUCUGCCUUGGUCACCCCAGCGGGGAAGUCCUAUGAGUGCCAGGCACAGCAGACAAUCUCCCUCAUCUCCAGUGAUCACCAGAAGUCUGUGCAGCUCUUGUUGUCUGAAGUCCGCAUCCAGCCCUUUGACAUCACUGCGGAUUUUGUCUUCAGUGAAGAACACAAGUGCCCGGUUGACCAGAGGGAGCAGUUAGAAGAAACCCUGCCUCUGAUUUUGGGCCUGAUACUGGGGUUGGUUAUUGUGAUAACCCUCUGUGUUUACCACAUCCACCAUAAGCUCACAGCCAACCAAGUGCAGAUUCCUCGUGACAGAUCUCAGUACAAACACAUGGGAUAGGCAACAGGACCCAGCAGCACGGAUAUUCAUCAGAGAGCUGGGGGGACUUGGCCAUCGCGUGGACUUCAUUAAGGUCCUCUGAGAAAGGGGCUCCAAACACAUUGCUGGCAUUUGCACUCAUGUUAAGGAAAUCACAAAAAGGUAUGGGGAUGUGUCCGGAAAAGUUCAGGCCAGAUCCUCAAGCUGCUGUGUACUGUAGUACUGCAGCCAGCUGAGGAACUGACCCCACACGUGAGGGGGAGUGAGGAAAAUUUGUUUUUGCUUCCUGCGCCACAUCUGAAUUAAAUUUAACUUAAACUUAACACACAAACAAAAGAAACGCACACAAAAAAGAGUAUUGUUACACAAACUAUAAAGAGCCAUGCUACUGCAAGUCAACUGAGAAAUGCUUCUGGCUGGACAUUCUGCACGUAUUGUGAUUGUUGAGAUGUUACAUUGCUACUUGCAACUGAUACCUUCACAGUGAGACAGAAACAAACAAAAAAGAAAACAGAACUAUUCACGUUACUAUGCAGAUUAUUCAGGUAUAAUCUAACGUAACAGAAAAAAUGUAAGGAAACUCUUGGAAUCUAACCUGAAAUGUAGGCCAUUUUUAAAUGAAUUAAAACAUGUACAUAUAGCGUA